AGAGCGAGAGACAGACGUCAGAGAGAGGGAUACUAUGCAGCCCGCAAAACAGAAGUGUAUAGGGUAGAGGGUGAUGUAAAUAAACCGCGCACUGUAUCCAUACUUUUCUUAUUCCCACCCCCUUUUACCCAAGACAGAGACGGGCUUGGAUAAUGAUUCGGGAGGAAAAGAUUUGGGGACGCCCAAAAUUAAAUUAUCUGAUAACGUAAGGGACCUUCUGAAAAAAACCCGAUUAAUUUUAAGUUAUCGUAAAGUCCUUGUAACGGCAAGGCAAAAAGACACCGCUGCAAAAAAAAAAGGUCGGAGAGAGAGAAGGACCGGCAGUGCUGGGGAGCUCGUCGCCGGCUUCCGGACAUUCGGGGCGGCAUUGAAACCGCAGACGUCGCUCCUGGGGGAAAGCAAGCUAAAAAACCUUCAGUAUUGGACUAAAAUCUCUGGAAUUUAUAGAUUUUGUUUCAGCGAUGUCCAGGAAAGUCCAAAGAAGCGAGGUGUGCGCCGACUGCAGUGCACCAGACCCGGGCUGGAGCAGUAUAAACCGAGGGGUUCUGAUCUGCGAUGAGUGCUGUUCUGUGCACCGGAGCCUGGGCCGUCACAUUUCCAUCGUCAAACACCUGCGACACAGCGGCUGGCCUCCUUCCCUUCUGCAGAUGGUGCAGACUCUGGCCAGUAAUGGAGCAAACUCGAUCUGGGAACACUCUCUGCUGGAUCCAGCACAAGUUCAGAGUGGGCGCAGGAAACCGAACCCACAGGAUAAAGUCCACCCCACUAAGUCAGAGUUCAUUCGCGCCAAGUACCAGAUGUUAGCCUUCGUCCACAAGCUGCCCUGCCGUGAUGAUGAUGGGGUCACUACGAAGGACCUCAGCAAGCAACUCCACUCAAGUGUGAGGACAGGAAGUCUGGAGACGUGUUUACGGCUGCUGUCACUGGGGGCACAAGCCAACUUCUUUCACCCGGAAAAGGGCACGACCCCUCUACAUGUGGCUGCCAAAGCAGGGCAGGUUCUGCAGGCCGAACUGCUGGUGGUGUAUGGAGCGGAUCCAGGAGCUCCAGAUAUCAAUGGCCGCACACCCAUAGACUAUGCUCGGCAAGCAGGUCACGUGGAGCUUGCCGAGCGUUUGGUAGAGUGUCAGUAUGAGCUCACAGACAGACUUGCCUUCUAUCUGUGUGGACGUCGCCCAGAUCACAAGAACGGUCAUUAUAUCAUCCCUCAGAUGGCAGACAGAGCUCGCCCUAAGUGCCCGACGCAGAGCCUGGACCUCUCUGAACUGGCCAAGGCAGCCAAGAAGAAGCUUCAAGCGUUAAAUAACCGUUUGUUCGAGGAGCUGGCUAUGGAUGUGUACGAUGAAGUGGACCGUAGAGAGAAUGAUGCAGUGUGGCUCACAACUCAAAACCACAGUACACUUGUGACGGAACGGAGUGCUGUCCCCUUCUUACCUGUCAACCCUGAAUACUCAGCGACACGCAACCAGGGGCGUCAGAAAUUAGCUCGCUUUAACGCACGGGAGUUCGCCACCCUCAUUAUCGACAUUCUCAGUGAUGCCAAGCGACGGCAGCAUGGAAAAGGCCUGACAAGCCCCACAGACCCGCUGGAUCUGAGUCAGGUGGAUGAUGACCAACACGAUUAUGACAGCGUAGCAUCUGAUGAAGACACAGACAGCGAGCUAACUGCACAGAAUAACAACAACACACAGCGCAACAACCGGGCCAAGAGCAUGGACUCGUCAGACCUGUCAGAUGGGCCAAUCACACUACAGGAAUAUCUGGAUGUGAAGAAAGCAUUGGCCUCCUCAGAGGCCAAAGUUCAGCAGCUCAUGAAGGUCAACAACAACCUGAGUGAGGAGCUGCGGAGGCUUCAGAAGGAGAUCACGCGGAUGCAGACGGAGAACAGCGCGCUGCAGGGGGCCCAGGCUGGGGCCGGGGGUGCUCUGACUGGGGGUGGUGGCCCAGGGCUGUGGCCUGGUGGGGUAAGGGGUACGGGCGGUAGCGGAAGGGUAGGUGGAGGCUCCAGCCUAAAUGCACCCUCAUCUGCCCCCCUCCGCCGGGAUAGACAAGCCUUUUCUAUGUAUGAGCCUGUGGGGACCACCCCCAAACCUCUCACCCCAGCCCUAGACCCCCUGACGGGCCGCCUGCAGCCUCUCAGUCCCGUGCGAAAGGGUGCUCCUGCAGGUCCCACCCCCUACGGAGGAGCACACCUGUCAGCCUCCACUGACGGCCGAUAUCAUCCUCUAAAAGCAGGAGAGAAAUAUGGGAGCGGAACUGAUAGUGACUAUGACAACUCUCAAACAUACGAUGUCUCCUUUGGUAGUGUGGGACGCAGCAGUGAGGAGGACAGCAGGGGGGAUGUGGAAGACACCGAGGGUGAGCCGGACCCCACGCUGCCCUGCACAGAGGACGUCAUCCUCAAAACCGAGCAGGUCACCAAGAACAUUCAGGAGCUCCUGAGAGCUGCACAGGAGUUUAAACAUGACAGUUUUGUGCCCUGCUCGGAGAAGAUCCACUUAGCUGUGACUGAAAUGGCCUCGCUUUUUCCAAGGAGACCAGCGCUAGAUGCAGUUCGUUCUUCCUUGAAGCUCCUGGCGGCCAGUGCGUCCCGCCUGCAGGUGGAGUGUCGUAAAGCGGCGCCCUCCGACUCAUCGGCCACGACGGUGGACUACCAGCUCCUCACCCAGCAGGUCAUCCAGUGCGCCUACGACAUUGCCAAAGCUGCCAAGCAGCUGGUCACCAUCACCACCCGAGAGAAAAAACAGUGACCCCCCGGCACACUGGGGUCCACCGGGCAGGGGCAAAGACUGAGAAACAGGAGAAAAGAACAAGACACUAAGUAAAACUGAUGGCUGGGAAUCGUUGGUCAGGUAGAUGGAAAAAAGAGGGGAAAAGAAAUGGUGUUGAAGCUAGCUGUGGCACUCGGACGCAGAGAUGUCAAAUGCUUAGGAGAAGCCGAAUGGAGCGGCCUACUUUUCCUUCCACUCCUUUUCUUCUCUUAUUUCAGUAUGUCAGGAGGAUCUUCUUUCAUCUAAACACUACACAGACAGACCCACAAUUCAGUGCUGAUGGUCUGUUAGCGCAUGGGAGGCUAUUUUUUUCUUUUUGUGAAACACACAAGCACUGCUCAGAGAACCAGAAACGUUCCUCCUAAAUCAUUUUUCCUCUCUUUCUGUGUCUUUCAAUUGAUUUAGUGUUUUUAAAUGCCGCUUUUCUUGGAACAAAUGUACUGAAUUUAAAAAACAACACUGGAGUUAUUUUAAUGAUUAUGACUUAUGUUUUGUAUUAUUGUUACAAUUAUUGAUGUCUUCUGUUGAUUUUUGUUUCAUUUAGUUUUGGUGGAAAUCACACAGCUUUGUGAACAUUGACAGGGGUGAACAAUAACCUGUGAAAACUAACCAGAACACUCCCGUCCUCCAGUGGUAGAAGCACUGGUUCACUCACAGUGUUUUACUCGGUAUACUAAAAAAAUGUUUGUCGGAGUACUAGCCAAAGGAGCAGAGGGGAGUGAUGACACUACAGUUGCGGAUCCCUCUUUUUUUGUCUUCAAGCACAAAGACGGCGUUUGGGGUUGAUGUACAGAAAAGUUUUGCCAGGUCUCACCCUGGUUCAUCUCAUCUCAAUCCCUACAUUAGUGGGUUUCGGUAUCAGAACAGUGCGAAUGUGUUAGCACAAUCAUCACAUUGUCUUUAGCUUAUUAAGUUAGGACAAAACCAUCACUUUAGCACAACAUGUUGAUUUUCUGCACAUAAUCGAAUGGCCUUUUUCGUCAGUUUAGUGGAGUUUUCACUUCAGGACCAGGCUUUUUGUGUGUGUGGUGGUUGUUUGUUUUCCUUUAGAGAAUAUUUGAUUGCUUUGUUCUUUAUAAUUCAUGUUUUUUUUGUAUCAAGCAUAUGUGUAGUUAAUGGUUAUUAAUGUAAGAAGACCCUUAUUAUGUUCUAUAAGCUACAAGCAUGUGAAUGUUGAUGGUUGAAGAUGACCACUAUCAAUGUUCUCAUCACUAACAUUUUACAUACAGUCACAGGGAAAACACGUCACGUCGGUGAUCGUCCGUCUGCCUCAACAGGACCAGUGAAGUCACAUUUUGUGGCACCAGUCAGGGCGAUCGGGCUCACUUUUGAAAAUUGUGGGAAAUGACUCCCUCUCUAUGUUGAUGUUCAUGGGAGAGGAGUCGAACUGAAGCUUCCAGUACGUAUGCACGCGUAGAUGAACAUCUGUGUGUGCGAGCGCGAUCAAACCAAGUUUUUGUUGUAGUUACUUUGCAUUUUAGAUGUCAUGCUACGAGCCUUAAACUUCCUGUUGUUUUCCAUAUCAGUUUUACCCACCAGCCUUUUAAGUUAAGCCAUUUUUUUCUUUCUUGCCUUUUGUUUCUUUAACUUGGGGAAUGGGAUAAUGUUAGCAUCCCCUGUUAACGUAUCAAAAAGAUUGUCUGAAAAUCUCUGAUCAUUGCCUUUGCACAUCUGCUAGACUGACUUUAAUCAGUAAUUUAAUCAUGUGACUGGCGUCUCGCUCUUCCACGCUACAAGCACAUAGUGAGUAAAACAGUGAAUGCUUCCCCCCAGAUUGUUAGUUUUCCACUAAAUAUGACCAGAUGGUUUACUGUGGUAAUGACUUGGGAGAAAGAGCCUGGGCCAUUAUUUAAUAAGCACUAAAUUCAGAGAGAUAUCUGAGAAAGGAAGUCAUUGCACACAUACUAUAUGUCCAACUCUCAAUCUGAUUCCUUUUGAGUAGUUUGUAGAUUUUCCCAGCCAUCCUGCUGCAGAUGCAUACUUUGCUCACAUAAUGCACCGGUGAAAUUAUUUUUAAAUAGAUUAAUGCCACAAACACACACACACACACACACACACUUCCAUGAUCAGUCAUACUGGCUGCACUAUACUUGUUAUGACUGUUCUUUAUCACAUGGUUUUUACAUGAGAGAUUAACUGAUGGGAGAAACUUGUUUAGCAGAAGCUACCUGUAAAAUAUUGAAAUUAACUAAAAGACUAAGCAAAACCAUUUAAAUCGUAAUAAAGACUCAUAAGCUGUACAUUUGUAAUAAAUUAAAGAAAAAGUU